GUUCGCUUUCUGUCAAAUGUGAAGUCAGAUAUUCACAUUGGUUCAGUUGAACUGUACAGUCAGAUAGAUGAAGGUUGGCUGGAAGUUUGCGGUGAGAGCUGGGAUGACUGGGAUGCCAAGGUAGGCUGCUUGCCGUAAAAUUUUAAAUGCUGGGUUUUUAACCAUUAAUGUAGCAAUAUCUCUUGAAUUUUUUUUCAGAAACUAGCUGAUUUACCAUGGUGGCGUGCAGGUCUUACUAAUAAAUAAAAAAUGCAUUAGUAAUAACAGCAGCAUCAGUUAGUUCCAACAGUAAAUGCAGCUCUAACCACAAAGCCAACAUAUUUCUUUCUCUUAAAGUUAGGACCGAAAGAUAUACAAUUUCUUUUGUUCUCCGGUCCGUAAAAAUUUACCAGCAUGCUCCUCUAAUGAUUACCAAAUUUAAAUCAUCUCUAAUUAAAUCAUUAUUGUCACUAAAAGAGUUCAAUGAUGGCUGAUUUCUAAGCUAGAGAAAUACUUCAGAUGUCUUGUGUUUAAAUUGUUAUAAUUUUAACAUGUUGUCUCGGUUAAAAUAUUUAUUUAUUUAUGUGCUGAAACUUUUCCAGCCAUUUCUACCUUAAAUAUUUAAAUGUAUAAAGGUGCAACAUACACAGACUCAAUAGAUUUCUUAUCUAAGCUGGUAAUUAAGGUUGAAACACUUGCAAGGCCUACGAGUCACCUUUCACCUUAGUUGUUUCAGAUAUACCGUAACCAACUGUGACGUUGUACUGGAAUUCUGUAGUCGUUGAGUGUUAAGCCUGUAGACCAGUGGUUCUUAACCUGGGUUCGAUCGAACCCCAGGGGUUUGGUGAGUCAGUCUCAGGGGUUCGGCGGAGGUCCAAAAAAAAUCAGAAAAAAAAUUCAUAUGUUAUUUCUCCUAUUAAGAAGGGUUCGGUGAAUGCACAUAAGAAACAGGUGGGGUUCGGUACCUCCAAAAAGGUUAAGAACCACUGCUGUAGACCUACACAUUUUACAAUUCCAAUGCCUUUUAGGACUUUUUUGUCUCAAAGAUAAUUGCUGGUUCCCAUCAAUAGCCCUGUGCUGAAUGCCAUGUGUUCUGGAAAGUGUUUUCUUUAGCUGGUUUGUUCAAUAUUUAACUACCUUAUUGGGUGCUGGGUGGCUGAGUGGUCUAAACUGAGCAAAUCUCAGGUCUGGAUUUCAAUUUCAGCCAAAGCCCAGUCAAGCAACAACAUCACCAGCACCCCGGGUAGAUGGGACUCGUUAACCUUGGUUGGCAACUCAUCUAAGGGAAGGAAACUCUGAAUUCAAACCCGGAGAUGGAGUCCCGAAGGCGGAUGACAUUGGUACAAUGAAACUUUCCAACAACUCCUGCGACGCCACCGGUGCCGUGCUGUAUCAUCCAAAUGAUGUUCCCUUGGGUUAUCCAGCGGCGUGGAGAGAGGCGAUUUGCUGUUGGGAACCAGCGUAUGUGGAUUUCGUCCUGAGAAGCCCACACCAUCGUCACAUUGUGACAGACGGAUGCCAGCAAUAACUACCUUAUUAUCACAGCAUUAAAUAAUAGUUGUUUUGUUUUGUUUCUUGUCCCAGGUUGCCUGUAGAGAAAUGGGUUACCAAGAUGGCAAAGCCUUGAUGAGAAACAGUUUGGGUGCCUCCAGCUAUGGCAGUUUCACUGUGGUAGGAUCUUACACAAAUGUCUCCUGUACCGGCACAGAGACAACACUGUCACAGUGUCCAAUGAAUAAAACGGACAUUUGCCCUUUUCACAAUUCUUUCAUAGAUCUUGCAUCUGUCAUCUGCUACAACCAAUCCAUUUCCGGGAUCAACAUGAGUAAGUAUUUUUUAUUGUUCAGUUUGAGAAAAGUUUCAAUUUAUAUUUUAAAUUUUAAUUAGAAAUAUUUCCGCAUCCACUUUAAAGAAUACAGCUGAGAUUGUAAAAGUUUGAACUUUUUGAUGUGUAUUUUAGCGGAUUCUGUGCGCAUUAGCAGUGAACCAGGCACUUCGCAAGAUGUAGGAUUCCUCGAAGUUCAGCACUUGGGAGUCUGGGGUCGAGUGUGUGAGGACCACAGUAUAUUUAAUCAUCCGGCUUUAUCUGAUAGAGAAGUGACUGUCGUGUGCAAGAUGAUGGGAUAUGCUGGUGGAAAAAGGUUUGUUGAUGGGAUGCACUAGUAGAAAAUGGUUAGUUUUUGAUGAGAUUUACUGGUGGGAAAGUGUUUGUUGUGGAAGGGAUAUAGAGGAGGGGAAAACUUUUGUUGUGGGUGGGAUAGACUUAUUGCAAAAUCAUGAUCUAUCUAUAUGAAAGAGGAAAUACAUUUUCCUUUUUAACAUUUAAUACAUUGAUACUAAUUCAUUGAUAUUGACAUUCGAUUGUUUUUUUCAAUUACUUGAAGUGUAAUUAAUAAAUUAAAAUAUUUCAUGAAGAGCCUAUUACAGUUAAGUAUCAAUGACUGUGUCAAUUAAAUGACCACGAAACAUUUUUUAAAGAAAUUUUAAUUUUACACUCUUUUUGGAGUAGGAUCUGUGGUUUUAUUUAGUAUUUUGGAUCUCUUCCAAUUCUUUAUUAAUGGGGUUAUUACUCAGACUGUAAAUGGUCACACUUAAAAUGUCUACAACUUUUUUACAGUCAGCAAAUAGGAAGAUUUUUCACAUGUUGACCAGAUUUUUAAAAAAUGCUUAAUUCAUUAUUAAACUUUUAUUUUCUUAUUUUUUUGUUUAUGUGACAGGAUAGGUUCAGUGGCUCUGGAUGGGGAAGACUACCAUGUCUGGCUCAGGGGCUUAAGCUGUCAGGGAAAUGAAAGUACUAUAGGACAAUGCCUACUUCCAGAAUGGGGCAGUCCAGGAUUGUUUGCCUGUUUGACACCGGUGCGAAUUGCAUGCUUUCGAAAAGGUGAAAUGAAAUCUGCACACUUCUCUAUCCUUCAUUAAGAAAAGAUUUGGAAGUUGAGAUUAAAGAAUAUUUGCUAUAUGAACUAAGUUCUCUAACAUUCAUUAGGAAGAGAAUUUGGAAGUUGAGAUUAAAGAAUAUUUGCUAUAUGAACUAAGUUCUCUAUCAUUCAUUAGGAAAAGAAUUUGGAAGUUGAGAUUAAAGAAUAUUUGCUAUAUGAACUAAGUUCUCUAUCAUUAAUUAGGAAAAGAAUUUGGAAGUUGAGAUUAAAGAAUAUUUGCUAUAUGAACUAAGUUCUCUAUCAUUCAUUAGGAAAAGAAUUUGGACGUUGAGAUUAAAGAAUAUUUGCUAUAUGAAUUAAGUUCUCUAUUAUUCAUUUGGAAAAGAAUUUGGAAGUUGAGAUUAAAGAAUAUUUGCUAUAUGAACUAAGUUCUCUAUCUUUCAUUAGGAAAAGAAUUUGGACGUUUAGAUUAAAGAAUAUUUGCUAUAUGAACUAAGUUCUCUAUCAUUCAUUAGGAAAAGAAUUUGGAAGUUGAGAUUAAAGAAUAUUUGCUAUAUGAACUAAGUUCUCUAUCAUUCAUUAGGAAAAGAAUUUGGAAGUUGAGUUUAAAUAAUAUUUGCUGUAUGAACUACUUGAAACAAUAAUUUAAAAAUAACACUUUUGACUUUACUUUGGAAUAAUUUAUCUCAGAUCUUCAGCUAAGCCUGGAACCUCCCAACAGCCAAACUGGAGUUCUACAUGUUAAACUUGAUGACAGCACGUUCGCCAUAUGUGGGGACAAGUGGACAGAUAAGGAAGCCAACGCAGCAUGCAGCCAACUUAAUUUUACUGGUGGAAAAUCUUGGUCUCCUGAAUUGACACCAACAACAACAACAACAACAAGGUUGGCUAAAAAUGUUCUCAACUUUGAGAAAAAUUAAUGGGUAUUAAUUUCUAAUGCUAUAUUGCAUGUAUAUAAAUGUAGCCAAGUGGUAAAGAGGCGGCAGGAAAUGAGGUUUUGGGAACUGUAGCUUUUUAUUUCAACACAGAAACCAAGAAAAAGAAGAAGUUGAAGAAAAAGUCUGAAGCAAAAAGGACGGUAUUUGAAAAGAUAAAAAUAGUACAGGUUAUAUCACAAGGCAUUGUUCAGAUUAACAAAAACAGGUUGAAUAACUCUGCAGUUACAAAUCAUAGCAAACACACUUAAUUAAUGCAUGAUGACCAUAUAGUACCUGUGUUUUGUACCAUUACAUGGUUUUGCAAAUUUAAUCUCUUUUAAGAUUGGCACGUGUAUUGACAAUAUGUAAAAAAGACUGAAAACCAGUAUACAAAGAAAAAAUGACACCAAAGUUAGUGAUUCCAACAGUAUUCAAUUUAAUUGUACUAUUGGGUGUAUAUACAAAUACAAAAUAAAAGAGAUAGAAAUCAAAAGUAUAUCAACUUACAGGAAAGCCAGUGAUAAAGAUAAAAAUAUUAAUUUACACGCUCACACAUAAAGAGUACAAUCUUGUACGUAUUUUAUGUCUUGUAAAUGUCUGGGGAAAAUAGCAAAAAAUCUCUCCCCCUCCCAAGCUGCCAGCUUAUUUAUAGGGAGGGAGUAAGAACCAGCCAGAAAAGAAAUUCUUGAAAUUACUUCUCCUGAUAGCAUUCUUUAGCUCAAAAAGAACGUAAAAAAACCUUUCCCAAUCACAUUUUGUCUGUGAUGUCAAUAUCAAAACAAAAAGGGGGAGAGAGGUGGAGGAAUGCUUUAGCUCUGCAUUGAAGAAAAAAAAUUAGGUCAAAACAUAGGCUAUACUAUAUCAACCUUUUAUACAAAUGGCUGUUGAAACUAUUUCUUGUAAUAAUGUUUAAUGAUAGAAGAAAUCAUGUGGCAGGGCUUAGCUAGUGGCACGUACACCGUCUUACAUUCAGAAUCAGUGUAACAUUUGAGGGCUAACAUACAGGUCUAGAAAUGACUAUUGUACUUGACCCAUUUGUGCUGUCUAUUUCAGAUGCACACAUGACAGGACAGCUACUGAAAUGUUAUUAAGUGACUGUUAGUGUGAUAUUUUUGUUUCAAUCGCUGUGUCUCUUUAAGACAAAAAUGCAUUGCAAUAUGGCUAACUACAUUGAUACAGUCGUUAGCAUUAUCCAAUUAGGAACUGAGUAAAACAAAGUAAGGUCAAACCUGAAAAAAAGGAAUGCAACAAAACAACGAAAGUAUAGGCAGAAAGCCUUUGUCAGCAAACAAACAACAGAAAAAAACAGAACAUUUUUUUUUAAAUAACAUUUAGCUGAGAAGUAGUAUCUGAGAGGGCAGCAAAAGAAUUCUUUAGCAAGACACUGCAUAAUAUAAGUAAUGAACGGAUAUAUUCCAUUCUACAAACACAUGGGUAUAAAAAGGUUCAUAGCCUAGUUUACAGUACAGAUUGUCCAGAUGUGGCCAGAGAAUAGCAUGAGGAGGUUGGUGUGUUCAGAUGGCUUCCUAAGCCAUUCAUGAAUGAAUAACCCUUCAACACGCUCCUUAGAAAUGGGGUCGCCAUGUACCAAGCCUGUCCAUCAUUUGACUUCUGACAGGCUGACAGUGAGGAAGUUGAAAAUCCAUGGAAAGUCAAAAUGCUGGAUCAGAACCCUGAAGACUUAAAUGUGCUUGUUCACGUUCAGCCUCAGCUAUUUAAGAUACAUUUAUAUUUAUAUGCAUUAAAUGGUCUUUGAGAAUGGCUUUGGGCCCCAGUGGAUGAAUGUGAAAACACUCAUAACUGCUUAAUAUCAAAAUAUCCUCUAAAAGAUAAAGACAUGUGAUUAUACCUUGGUAUAGAUAAUAAGAUCCCCUUUCGGUAAGAUUUGAUAUAUAGCAUAAUUUACUAGGGCUCCAGAGAAAUUAAUGUUUGAACUUAUACACAAAGCACAAUAGUCAGUAUUUUUUCUUUCAUCAUAUCCCAGUAUAAUAAGGGGAGCUAAAAGUUACUUGACCUACAUUCCAUGAUUGUUUAUGUUUUGGUUGUGUUGGAUAGUCCAAGACUGUGGGAAAGUGAUAUUUUUACUUGACUAGAUAUAUUAGAGGUAUUCAAAUUUACUUGAAAGAUAAUAUAGAUAAUUAGUUGGGGCACACUGCCACAUGUUGUAUGCCUGGCUUAACAUUAUACGUAUACGUUUAUUACAUUUUUUUUCAGCAUUGCGAUUGGUGAUGUGAACUGUGGGACUGCAAAUGAUAAUUUCUUUGAAUGCUUAAGAAACAGAUGGGGAAUACCAGCAGCUGAGUGUAUGACUGGAUCAGCUGGUGUGCAAUGUUAUAAGAAUGGUGAGCUUUAAUGUUUUUCUAUUGAACUAAGGUAGAUCUAUUAUUUUUAGAGUUGAUGAAUAGAAAUUUUAAAUGAGACAGACUUAUUUUUCAUUACUUAACAAGCAUCUCUGAUUUUUAUCUUUUGCUUCAGUUAAACUCGAGCCGGGCUCAAACAAUGCAGGAGUUUUACAAAUCUUCAAUCGUGCAUCAAAUCGAUGGCAAACCAUAUGCAACACAGAGUUCAGCAAUACAAGUGCCUCUGUUGCUUGCCAGGAGCUUGGAUUCACAAAUGGAACAGUGCUGCCCAAUGCUCCAUUUGGACCGUAUGAUUCUAGUCCUGUCAGAUCCCAUGUUAAAUGUGUUGGCACUGAGACAUCUAUUCUGGACUGCCCCUAUGAAAGCAAUUUAAUUGGCUGCAAUUCCUUUAGUACUUAUGUCUCUGUUGCAUGUUUGAACUCAUCAAGUUCUCUCUCUCAAGGUAAGAGAACAACUUAAAUAAAAACUAUUAACUGCUACUAAACAAAGUUUUAAGAUAAAAAAUGAUAGUACUGAUAGGUAAUAAGAUUAUUAUAUGACAAAUUUACAAUCAAAUACUUAGUUUCUAUGGAACAAAAUGUUUAUUAAUGAAAUUGUCAUGCUACAGUUAAAUCGAUUGAACUAGAAGUUUCUCAAUGAAAUAGUUAUGCUUUUAUUAGUUGACAUUUUUCUCAGACUGAUGAUAUAUUUCAUAAGUCAGAAUGCUUUUAAAAAGGUUGUGACAAUUUAAAACAAUAUAUUAUUAAAUAUUUGGUCAUCUCUUGGUCCAAACUUUCUUAAAUUUCAGAGAUUUACAAAUUGGAAAACAGUCAUGGAGAAAACUCAUCAGGUUUGGUUAAAGUUCUCCAGCACAACACAUGGGGAUACGCAUGUGAUGAGGCUUUUACCAAUGAGGAUGCUCGGGUGUUUUGUUUGGAAGUUGGAAGGUCAACAGGGUUAAACUUUGAGAACGGCACCAAGUUUACGGCCACCGAGUCGGUCCUCGGCCCUUAUUUUAUGAAACAACCUAACUGUACUGUUGCUGAAAGAUUUUUAAAAGAUUGCAAAAGUGACAACAGUUUUUUGUGCCUCUCAAGAAGAGCCGCGUCAGUUGUGUGUUUCCACUCUAAAGGUAGAGUAAACGAUUCAUACAUUUUCUUGGAUUUGAAAACAAAAACAACAAAAAAGUAAUUUUCAUGUCCUAUAAAUAAGUUUUUCAAAUUUCAUUUUUUAUGGUAUUAUUCACUUAUUUAUCAAAAUGCCUAUUUAUAAAAUUUAAUAGAAUUUACUAUAAUAAAACUGCUUGAUCUGUUUCCUAUCCAAUAUUGAACACGGUUAUUGUUGUCAUUGUUACAGCUCCUGAACUCGGACUAAAUGCAGAUUCCGCACAAAUCCACUCUGGAAGACUUCAACUCAGAAUCAACCUUGAGUUUGGGGCCAUCUGUGGUGAAAACUGGGAUGACGACGAUGCCCAAGUAGCAUGCAAGAUGAUCAACCCCAGUUUUGUGACAGGCAUUGCCAAAGUGUAUGUCAGCUUACUGUAAACAAAAAUGGAAUUUUUGAGUUCUUUGACCCAAUUAUAAUUUCUAAAAUGCCACUUUUCUUUGUGUAAAUUAUUAUUUUCAGAAAAAUAAUUUUUAAAAAAAAAUUCAUGUCUUAUAUUCUUGAAAAGUAAUUUUCGCUCGCCUUUUUAAUUUUUAUUCCUUCCAGGUAUGAUAGAAGUGGUCUGAACUAUUUCAUGUCCGGAGUACGAUGCACAGGAAGUGAGACCAGCCUCUUUCAGUGCUUGAACGAUGGAUGGAAGAGCACCAGCAGUGCAGCCUGCCAGAGUAGUACAAAGGAGGCUGGUGUCAUCUGUUAUCAAAAUGGUAACCAUUAACUCAUCACUGACUUAACGGCUCAUCACUGACUUAACGACUCAUCACUGACUUAACGACUCAUCACUGACUUAACGACUCAUCACUGAUUUAACGACUCAUCACUGACUUAACGACUCAUCACUGACUUAACGGCUCAUCACUGACUUAACGACUCAUCACUGACUUAACGACUCAUCACUGAUUUAACGACUCAUCACUGACUUAACGACUCAUCACUGACUUAACGGCUCAUCACUGACUUAACGACUCAUCACUGACUUAACGACUCAUCACUGACUUAAUGACUCAUCACUGACUAAACGGCUCAUCACUGACUUAAUGGCUCAUCACUGACUUAACGGCUCAUCACUGACUUAACGACUCAUCACUGACUUAACGACUCAUCACUGACUUAAUGACUCAUCACUGACUUAACGGCUCAUCACUGACUUAACGACUCAUCACUGACUUAAUGACUCAUCACUGACUUAAUGACUCAUCACUGACUUAAUGUUAUGUUACCAAUAGUUAAUGAAGUCAACUGUAAAGUUAAUUCUCAGUUUUACUUUACCUGAGGAUAAUUGUUUUGUUUUUUUAUUAAAAUGUAUUUUCUGUCAAGUUGGGAAAGAGUGAAUGAAAAAAGUUCCUUUUAAAUGAAGAAUACUCGAGACUCAGCAUUUUGUGGAAAUUAAAAAUUGUAUGUGAGAAUGGAUGUGACAAAUAUAACAUCGUGAGAACUAUAGAAAUACAUUUUAAAAGGUGCUGCUUAGGCAUAUGGUGCAGGUUUAAGAAAUGGCAUUUUUAAAGCAAUACAAGCCAAUCAAACUCGGUGAUUCGUUAACAAGAAGUGCAGCUGAUGGAGUGGAAGUACUACUCAACAAGCAACUAAGCAGAUACAUCAACAAGAACUAAAUGAAUAGCUUUCUGGUCAAUGAGACUAUAAUAUUUUAAAAUGAUUUAAAUAGUUUUCCUCAUUUAUUUAUUCUUCUUAUAUUUAAAGUGAUACAAAAAUUCUAAAAAAAUUCACUAUUUUUUUUUUUUUCCCCCCCAGUUGUCUUAACAAAUGAAACCUACUCUGGCGAUUCUAUAGCUGGAAGACUAAGCAUAAUGAGAAACACACGAAGAUAUGAAGUGUGCUUUGAUAGCACAUUUGAUUUCAUGAAGGCAGAAAUGGUAUGCACAGAACUUGGUUAUCAGCAUGCAGCCGUCCUCAAGCCAGCAACAGUGGAUUUUUUUAGCCAGUUCACUUUCAUAAAGCUUUUCUCAUGUCAAGGAGGAGAGAAAAGCCUUUCUCAGUGUCGGUAUUCUAUAGGAUUUUGUGGUCAAGGCCAAGUUCGACUGCUGUGCUACUCGGAUCCAGCAAAUGGUAAGUGUUUUCAUCAGCAACUUACUCCUAUGUCAGAGUUUAGGAAUUUUAAACCUUUUGUAGAAUAUAAAGCAUACUUUAGUGCAUUUCCUUCCAUAUGUGGUUUGCCUGUACCAUUUUUGGUUUUUCUGUCAAAGAUCUUAAACCUUGAUAAUAAAAUAUUUUCUGUUAAGUUUUUAUCAUAUUAUAAGAGUUUCUCUUUUUAUUUUUCUCUACCAGAACUAAGAUCCUGGACGAUUAAAGGUCAAGCUGUUGGGCAGUUAUCUACAAAUGUUCGGGAUAUGUACACUGGAGUGAUUUGUCCGAUUAAUUUCCAAGAUUCAGAUGCCUCCAAUAUUUGCAGAAGUAAGGGCUGGACCUCUGGAAAAAUCCUUGGUUCAGCUCAAUUUACAGGGGCUGAAAAAGAGCUCUUGUGGUUUGGAAAGCCCACUUGCACAUCACUGGAUACAGGAGUCUACCAGUGUGUGUUACAAAAAAAUGUUUCUAGGGAGUGUUUCGGAAAGACAUACUCAGCUGGAGUUCUGUGCAUGAAUAAUACAGGUGAGUCAGUUGUUUUCCCUUUUAGUAUUUUAUAUGAAACAAUAGGACUUGAAGGUUUAUUCACUGGAGUGUUGAGAGUGGUGGCAGUGGGGUUUUGAAUGUGGUGUCAGGGAUGGGUGUCAAGAACAGUGUCAGUAGUGUGUUAUGAUGGUGUCAGGUGGCCUGUCAAGAAUGGUGUCAGGUGGGGUGUCAAGAGUUGUGUCAGGAAGGAUUCAGAGUUUUGUCAUGAUGGCAGACCUGUUUACCCUCAAACUUUUAAAAUCGUAAAAUUUCAUCACAAAAUCGUUCAAUAAAUUAUCUUAAUAGUAAAAAAAUAAACAUACAGUAUAUAUAAUGUAUACACCUCAAAAUCGUACAUUGUACGCCAAAAUCGUAAGCGUAAACAUGUCUGUGAUGGGUUUCAGGGAUGAUGUCGGGAUUUGAUUAGAGUUGUAUCAGGAGGGGAUGUCCACCUUUAAAUUUGUAAAUUAGUUUAUUAAAAGUUAUAAGGGACUGUCACUUAAAACAGGUAGAGAUUUUUAUAUUUUAAAAUAUUAUUAUAAUAUUAAAUUUUUUUUAUUUAUCAUUCUUUUUUUUAAAAAUUCAAUCUGAAUACAUAUUUAUUUCCAUAGAUUCAUUUGGAUUUCGUCUUAUGGAUGUGAAUCGUCAAGCUAUGUUUGCGGGUCGUGUGGAAAUCAAGUACAACAACGUAUGGGGCACAGUUUGUAGCCGGGAUGGAGAUUGGCUCAAUGCACGGACGUUGUGUAAAGAGCUAGGUUUUAUAGACGGAACAAUCCUACCCAGGCAGCCCAAGAGAUAUGGGAAUGCCACUGGUCCCAUUUAUUUAAAAAAUGUUUCUUGUGACCACAGUGAUCAACUUUUUUUGGGUUGUCCCAAUUCUGGUUGGCUGGAAGUCGCAGGAUGCACACAUGCUGAUGACAUGGAGAUCGCUUGUUAUACUAAAGGUAAUAAACAUUUUAAAGGAAUAUCGUCGAAAGCCGCAAUAGUAAUUUGCUGAACCUAAAUUAAAUCAACCUGAUUGAACAGACAAUAAAUAUUGUAUUCAUUUAUGUAGAUAUUUAUGCAAGAAAUAAUACAAAGUUUGUAAAUUUUAAAGUUGUGCUUUUAAACUGCAGCAACUCAAUUAACUACAGAAUUUGUGUAAACUGUAUUUCAGAAAGAUUCUACCCAUAUCCAGAAAGUCAUUUUGGGGCUGUUUCAGUCUACAUGAAUGGUGAAUACAAGCUGAUAUGCUCAGAAAAUUUUACAGAUGUAGACGCUUCUGUUUUCUGCAGAGCUAUUGGAUAUAGUGGAGGAAUAUCAGCCUGCUGUUCAGCAUACCCAGUUCCUUUUUUGGUAAGUUGGAACAUGGCCUGUCUUAAGAGCACGUGCUUAUGUGUUUCAGUGAUACAUCUCUAUUGUAAAAAUAGUUAUUGCGUUUGUGGAAAAAUUAUUAAAUAUUUAGAAAUGUUUGAAUUUUCUCCAAAUGUUUUGUUGUAGGAAAUAGGCGUCAGCGAGCUCCACUGUAUAGGUUCAGAAAAGUCUUUGUUAGAUUGUGCACAUUCUUCACUCACUCCGUGGUCAUCGUGCACUUCACAGCAUUAUGCAUCAGCUCUUUGCUCACUAACACCAGAAUCAGGUUAGAAUUUUGUUUAAAAAGAUAAUUUACCGAUCUAAAACAGAUAUGAAUUCUGAAAAUUUUUAAAAUGAAAAAUCUCUUCAUCAAUUAUCUUCAUAAGCUAUUUAUAGUUUUUUACAAAAUACUUGAUUGUUCAGAAGUUACAAGCAGUGGCAUAGGAAUGGAGCGGUGGCUUGAGGGGGUCAGUCCAUCCCUGGUGGCACUUUUUUUUAAUCUACUGAGUUGGGUGGCAUUUUGGUGCAAAAGACACAAGAUAUAAGUUUAUUUUAAAUUUAUGAUCAAAUACUAAUUGUUAUGUAAUAGGAAAUCUAAUUUGCUGACCCAGUUAAUUAGAAAUUUUAAUUAGAUUAAAAACAGGCGCAUAGUCUAAAAAAAACAAGCCGUCAACUAGGCCAUAGUCAUCAAAGGGCCGAAUUUGAGAACUAUUUUCUUUGGAUGAUGUGGAGUGACUUGAAAUAACAAGCUCACUGCAGUCCUAUGUGACAGCUUGAAUAAUGUAGUCUUAUGUGACAGCUGGAAUAAUGUAGUCCUAUGUGACACCUGGAAUAGUGUAGUCGUAUGUGACACCUGGAAUAGUGUAGUCUUAUGUGACAGCUGGAAUAAUGUAGUCCUAUGUGACACCUGGAAUAGUGUAGUCGUAUGUGACAGCUGGAAUAGUAUAGUCUUAUGUGACAGCUGGAAUAAUGUAGUCCUAUGUGACACCUGGAAUAGUGUAGUCGUAUGUGACAGCUGGAAUAAUUUAGGCCUAACUUGAUAAAGAAUACAAAAAGUAUGCUUGAAAAUACCUUGGCAUUCAAAAGUUAGGACCCAGGAGAAGUAGCUUUUAAAUUAAAAUUAAAUUUAAAUGCAGCCAUUGUGAAUUUAUGCAUAUUAUAAUUGUAAGUAGCCUACAGUUUAUUAUUAGUCCAAGUUCAAUAAAUCUCUAUAACAUUUUAAUUAUAAUUUCAAUGAUUUGAUUUUAUACCACUUAUUUUAAGUUAACCAAAAGAUAAUAUAUAUGGGGGACUGUAUUCGAGCCGCGUGAAGUAAAUAUAUUUAUGUACAAGAUAUGUUUAGUCUUGAAAAAAAGAGAGGAAAAUUAAACUGAAGUUUUAGCAAGAUGCCUUAUUCAGCAGACAAUGCAAUAAUAAGCAACAGAGGAAUGUAAAACAAAAAUAAAACGUUAUGCUUUAGAAGCUCUCAAUAAUGUAAAUGUAGCUCAAUGUUCAGAACAGGAAACAUUUUAUGUUAUUGUAAGAAAUGGCAAGUUAACAAACAAAGACACAUUAUGAAACAGAAGGUUAAGACCAAAACAUGCCUCUCACAUGCCGGUAUGUUGCAUCAGCACCUUUAAAACAAAUUAAUUUACUUAUGAAGUAGUUUAAACAAAUUAAAUAGUUUUACAAUAGUUUAAAUAAAUAUAAAACAACAUUACUUUUUAGUAAUAAUUUUUUUAAAAAUCAUAGCAUUUCUCUGACCAUCUUAGAUUAAGUGCAGAUAGAUGCAAAACUAAAUUCAGGUAUGCGCCAAAAUGAAUUCUAGUAUCUCACUACGCCACUGGUUAUAAGAAAUAAGAAAGAUGAAAUUCUUCUUGUCUUCACAUUAUUAUCAUAUAAUUUUAUCAAGUGUCAUUAUUUUUUUUAAUCUGUGAAAUUGUAUAACUUAAAACUUUAUUAAUUAUCAAAAGAACAAUAUUUUUUCACUUCCAGAAAAAUAUACACUGUCUUUAGAGUUUAAAAACAGUGGUCGGGCCUUCAUCAACUACUUCAACACUGAAGGUGUUCUGUGUCACAACAAUGUCAACAAAAAUCUGGCCAAUGUGAUCUGUCGCCAGGCUGGCUACAGAAAAGGAUUGGCCUUUAUUACCAAUGAACUGAAUGCAACCAUGCAAUGGACAUCAAGCAUGGAAUGUCGUGGUGAUGAGGCCAACAUUGAAUAUUGUCCAAAUUUUUCACUUGGUAAAACUAACCAAUGUCACAUGGCCCCAAGUGUUUACUGCCUUGAAGAGGAUGGUAAGUUGGACACUUCUCCCACCAAAUCGUAAAGAUUUUACAAUUCUGUUCAUCAUGGGUAAACAUUAUCUUAAUCUUAAUCAGUUUAAGUUUCAUAAAGAAUCAUAAAUGAAUUGUAGAGCAGACUUUUUAAUAGCAUUCAAAAUGAAUAUUCCAUACAGGUGAUGACUAUCUGCCCAUACAGCUGGUCAACGGUAGUGGAAAGAAUAUUGGGAGGCUUGAGAUAAAAAUUGAUGGAGUUUGGGGAUCAGUUUGUUCUCAAACUCAUCAAUUGGUUGUACCCAGUGUUGCUAUUGCUACAGUGGUCUGCAAACAGUUGGGAUACAAGUAAGUUAAUCAUUAUUUUUUUUAAUAAAGUUUAAAAUUAAAAAAAAAAAGAUGCUUUAAAAUGGUUUCAGGAAAUACUUUUUUGUAAUUUUUGUUUAAAUCUUGAAAUUACAAAUCCCUAGUUAAGAAAAACAACUUUUUUCUCUCACAAUUUUCAAUUGAAGGAUGGAAGUGUAUUAAAUUAUUUUUUUAACUAUUGAUGAAUUUACAACCAUUUGACAGAGAUGGCCGACUAUUGGCCCCAGGUGAAUUUAGCUCCAGUCCAGGCCCAGUUUGGAUUCAUGGGAUCUACUGCACUGGUGCAGAGAAUGCCUUGAAGGAGUGCCAGCUUACAAGACUCUCCCACAAACUUGCGGACUGUGAGAGCCACUUGAAUGACAUGGCUGUAGAAUGCUUUCUCGAUGGUCAGCAUACAAAAUUAUUUCCAUUUAAUUACACAGUAGGUCAGUUAUAAGCUUUGAUAUAAAUAUCAUCACAAUUUGGCAAUCUGAAAAUAGACCGCACCUUCCUUUUUAUCCUAUUUGGUUUGUGGCAUUUUUAUCUGUGAUGUGUUAAAUUCCCCUAGCAAAACUCAUAAAUGGACCUCCAGGAGAUGAAUACAGAGGACAGCUCCAGAUUCUGAACAAAGCAACGGGUCUGUGGCAGUAUGUUUGUGACACUGGUAUCACUGACACAGAGGCAAAGGUUGUCUGCAAGACCAUGGGCUUCCAAUUCGGCAAGCAGCAAUGUUGCAGUGCAGCUGGACCUAUAGGGGAUACAAGAGACUUUGUAACUUCAGUGACCUGCCAGGGAUCAGAGGCGGAUGUGAACAGUUGCACCAUUGUGAGAGAUGGUGUUUGUAGAAGUGGGCACUAUUCCUACAUCCACUGCAGUAAUUCAGCAUUUCCAAAUGAAGGUGAGAACCAUGUGAAAUGAAAAAAUAAGGGUCCUUGAUUACAGUCACGCUAGGUCUUUGAUUACAGUCACGCUAGGUCUUUGAUUACAGUCACGCUAGGUCUUUGAUUACAGUCACGCUAGGUCUUUGAUUACAGUCACGCUAGGUCUUUGAUAAGAAUGUCAACUUCCUAUAUUUUUUCAAGAAGUGACAGAUUCGUAGGAAAUCAUUUGGUUCUGCCCUUAUGCACUCAAGAACAAUUCCCUAUUAUUUCACACUCAAGUACAGAUGGAUACCACACUCUGCACUUUCCUGUUGCUCAUAAACAAGCCUUACUUGUUCUGAAGGCUAUUUGAUAAUGUUUAAUAUAUGAGGGCCUGCAUUCAAGCCUUUCAAAGCAAAUAAAUAGUGGAACAAUUGAUGUUUAGGGUUUAAAAAAAAGACAGGAGAACCAUAAGGAUGUUUCAGCUAAAUGCCUUCUUAUUUAGAAUGGUUAUUUUACUGUUGGCCAAUAUAUAUAUAUAUAUGUUUGUUUGCUGGUGUAAACAUAGACAGCCUAUCGGUUACCAAGUCCUCUCUUACCCCAACAUUUAGAUUACCUGAUGUGGCCGGCAGGGGACGUAGCUAUGGUUGGUGUAGCUAGGGUUUGUGCUGCUUGGGCUGGGCCUAAAAUUUUGCUGCCAACCGUGACAAAAAACUCUGCAAUUAGCUGGAAAUGCUGCCCCUCCUAAUAAUAAUAAAAAAGGUGCAGCCCAGUAAAGCCCGCCUCCCCCUUCCUAAACCGUGUAUGGCAGAUUAAUAGGUGACUGCCCAGGGUGUCGCCACAUUGGGUCAGGCGUUUUAUGCAACAACUUUGAGAGGAUAGCUUUGUAGCUGCCUGCAAAAACCAUUACAUAGUUUGUGGCUCUGCUGCCUGGCACUAACAUUGAUGUCAUUAUCAUGAGAUACCAAUUUGUUAACAUAUCUGCUGCCUGGCACUAACAUUGAUGUCAUUAUCAUGAGAUACCAAUUUGUUAACAUAUCUGCUGCCUGGCACUAACAUUGAUGUCAUUAUCAUGAGAUACCAAUUUGUUAACAUAUCUGCUACCUGGCACUAACAUUGAUGUCAUUAUCAUGAGAUACCAAUUUGUUAACAUAUUUGAUGUAAAUGUAAAUUAGUGAACUAUUUUAUUUUUAUUUCUACUUUUCUUUUUUUGUUAAAUGACAUUUUUAUGAAAGUAUUCCCUCAAGACUAAACUUCUCUAUUUUUUCCAACCCAUGAUUUAGAUUUAAGACUGGAAACGAUGUCAAGUUUUGCUGCGGUUCCAGUGGUUAAAAGGUUUGGCAUAGAGGGCAGCAUCUGUGCUGAAAAUCUGACACAUUCAGAAGCUCUUGUGAUGUGUCGAGAAAUGGGCUUCUUAGGAGGUCACCUUCUUCAUCCUGUGGCCUUGUCGGGGACCAAUCUAGUCUUGCUGAAGGGACUUAAGUGCCUGGGGACAGAGAGGAGCAUCAGAAACUGUACAUUUCCCAGUUUCUCAGAAGCAGGAUCUUGUUCAAGCAUGGAGUCUGCACACAUUUUGUGUCAAAGAACCACAAGUAUGAUGAUAUAAUAGGCUUUAAAUUGUAUGAGUGAUCUUUGAUUUUUAGCAUUCAUACCAAGCAUUACUAUAUUAUUUAAAAGAAAAUGACAGUCCAUUUUAAAUAGGGCCAUACUUUUACUUAACAUUAAGUAAAUUUUGACGAAAUGUGAAUCAACUUUCCAAGGAUCAUUAUAACUUAAAAAUAUAUAGCAGGAAAUUCCAUAUUUUAUUAUUUUUCCUAUGAUUGUUGCAGGUCCCAUUACAUUCAAGAUCAUCCCAGAUGGAGCUCCUAAUUCAGGAAAAGGGGAAAUUGUCAUUGACGAGAGACCCAUGUCUAUUGAUUAUACGGGAUUAGGACCUAAAGAAGCUUCAGUCUUUUGUCGUAGUAUCAGCAAAGAGCACUAUGCAUAUGGAGAAGUCUAUUCCACACUGUGGGGAUCUGCACCCGUAAACACUGUACUCAUGAAGUCUGUUAGUUGUCUAGGAGAUGAGCAAACAAUAUUGGAAUGUAGGGCAGAGUUCCUCCCUAACCAGACUAGUAUCAGUAGCAGCCAAGCACAUUUCAUUUGUUAUCUAAAUGGUAGGCGCAUUUUAAUAGAGAUUUUUAAAAAAAAAAUCAUUAACUGAAAUACCUUCAACACAAUAAGAGCCACUUUAAUGUUUGAAAUAUUAAAUUAAACACAAAUAUAUUACAUAUAUAGGAUUUUAUUUAAUUUUUUAAAAUAAAUGUUUCAGAGUAAGGCACCUGUACCUACUUGAUACAAAGUAUUAAGAUGGACAAAGACAACAAUUAUAACAAGAAUAUUUUGUAGAUCUGUCAGGGGAUUAGUUAACCCGUCAUGUUUUGUUUGCAUUUUAACUGGUAAAUAGAGGAGUGUAGGAUUAGAGGCUUCUGGAUAUAUAUCUAGGCUUAACAACUAAGUCCUGUUAUUAAUCUGAUUGUCUUGGUGUGUCCUCAAAAACAUAUCAUAUUCUCCAUUGGCAGCAUAUUCUCCAUUGGCAGAUGUUUCAGUAAUCUUAAUUAACAGAACUUGAUGUAGGAGCUCUUUUGAAGUUCAUUUGUAAAGAUUUUAAAAAAAAUUUAUUCUGAUUGAGAUCCAUACAGCCAUAAUAAUAAGGUCUACUUAUUGGUUCCAUUUCCCAUUGAGGCCUGUUUUAAAGGAAUGGGAACCAUGGUGCACACAAAAUCUGUAAUGCAUUUCUAAUUCUGACACCCACUUUACAUGUCUUGUUUUCAUGGACUCAUAGAUAUAUAUAUAUCUAUUUUAUAUUUCAUAUUUUAUAUAUAACAUUUUGACUAUUUAGUAGAAUUUUGAUCCACAUCCAAAUUGAUCAACAGUUGAAAUGUAAUACUUCUUCAAAUAUUUUAUUCUAUAGUUGAACUGAAAGAGGGUCCAACAGAAGCUGCAGGAAUUUUAUCACUUUAUAAUUCCAAGCUCCAUGAUUUCGGUGCAAUCUGCAGUGAAGGUUUUGGACAAAAUGAAACAGGUAUUGCUUUUAUGAUAAAAUUAUUUCUGCACUUACAUGUAAAGCAUGUUUAAUUACUACUGUGUCGAAUGCAGUAGUUAAAAUUCAAGGAUAAAUAAAAUUAUUAUUACUGAAGUUAAAUGUUACAACGUAGAAAUUAAAUAAUGUGUUCAUCUUUUAAUUCUAAGUCAUUUUCAUGAAAUCACAAUUAUAACAAUUUGUAAAUCAGUAUUUACGUACUAACAAAUAAUUGAAAGAUUUAAGAAUCAUUAUAUCAGUCGCUCAUGUUUUAAAAAAAUUUUUUUUAACUUUUGUGUUUGCAACAGCAAUAAUAGUUUUGGACCUAGAUACAAAAUUAUUAAGGCCAUCAUUCUAAAAGUUAAAAUGUCCAUUUUCAAACUUUGUCUAAACUUAUUUUCCAGAUGUGGCUUGUAGAAUGUUAGGCUAUGACCAUGGCGUGCCUCACUGCUGCCUGCCUUUUGGCUACAACUAUUUGGAUAUUUAUUUUAAGAACUUCAAGUGCAGUGGCCAAGAAAAGUCUCUGUUUGAUUGCAGCUAUGUACCGGCUCAAGUCUACUCGCCAUACUUUUGUAGUAGUCGUCAGGACUAUGUUGGUCUAACAUGCUAUAAUGGAACAAAGCCUAGUGGUGAGCUUAGCAAACAUUUAACUCUUUCCAUAUUUUGUGUUCAAUUUAGCUGAAUAUUUAGUUUGUUCUUGCCUGCAGUGCCUGACAAAGUUUGUCAAAAAAUUUGUCAUCAACAUUAUUUGUUAUAGUCCAAGGAUUUUUUAAUGAAUGUUAUACCUAUCCUCAUAAUAGCAUGUACAAUGAACUAUGUAAAAUGAAGAUAAGUUUGUUAAAAAUUACAUGGUUUUAUACUAACAUCCAUAAUGAAUAAAAGUUAACUUUUUUAAGAAAUUUCUUGCAGAUUUUGAAAUAGCUUUGAAGGGUUCCAGCUCCAGACCAAACACUGGCCUGUUACAGGUGAUUUACCUCGACACACCUGGCUCUGUGUGUAACGAUGCAUGGAACGAUGUCUCUGCAAAUGUGGCCUGCAGGGAGCUGGGCUUCUCUGAUGGAAUAGCUUACACACACUACAGACCCUCCUUCUCUUUAGCCGAUCAUUCUGGACCAUUCUGGAUAUCCAAAGUAACUGAAUCCAGAUUUUUGUUUGAUUCGAACGAAGGGAGAAAGUAUAAUGAUAAUUACAUUUUUUUUUUGAGGUACUUUUGAUUUCCAUAGAAUAAGAUAUUUAGGGAUAUACAGUAUUUGGUUCAGAUUCUGUGUUUAUGUAGAACAUUUUGUGUGUAGUAAAGAUGUGGUAAGAUAGCUCAGCUAUCUCAAUAAACUGCUACACAUAGAACAAUUAAGAUAUUUUAUAAUGACUGGCUCCAAUUUUUAAUAAGCUUUAAAGGGGUAUUAUUGUUAUUCUAUUUCUUUUCUUCUAAAAUUUCCCUUUUUAAAAAUGAAAGAUUGAGUGCAUUGGGACGGAACAUCACUUGAGGGAUUGUAAACAUUCAGGUCUUGGAAAUGUCACUGCUUGCUCCUUGGGUCAUUUUGCUGGUGUAUUAUGCACAGAGGGAAAUGGUAAGUAGAAGCUAAAUUUAUUGUCACAAUAUUAAUCAAUUAAUUAAAGAUCAUUAGAUGAGUUAACCAAAACAAUUAAAGAUCAUUAGAUGAGUUAACCAAAACAAUUAAAGAUCAUUAGAUGAGUUAACCAAAACAAUUAAAGAUCAUUAGAUGAGUUAACCAAAACAAUUAAAGAUCAUUAGAUGAGUUAACCAAAACAAUUAAAGAUCAUUAGAUGAGUUAACCAAAACAAUUAAAGAUCAUUAGAUGAGUUAACCAAAACAAUUAAAGAUCAUUAGAUGAGUUAACCAAAACAAUUAAAGAUCAUUAGAUGAGUUAACCAAAACAAUUAAAGAUCAUUAGAUGAGUUAACCAAAACAAUUAAAGAUCAUUAGAUGAGUUAACCAAAACAAUUAAAGAUCAUUAGAUGAGUUAACCAAAACAAUUAAAGAUCAUUAGAUGAGUUAACCAAAACAAUUAAAGAUCAUUAGAUGAGUUAACCAAAACAAUUAAAGAUCAUUAGAUGAGUUAACCAAAACAAUUAAAGAUCAUUAGAUGAGUUAACCAAAACAAUUAAAGAUCAUUAGAUGAGUUAACCAAAACAAUUAAAGAUCAUUAGAUGAGUUAACCAAAACAAUUAAAGAUCAUUAGAUGAGUUAACCAAAACACAGAGCUGAAGAAGCAAAAAAAAGCGGGGGCAAGAAAUGAAAUAGGGAGGGUUGGGGGGGGGGGGGUGUUUAAUCUAAUAUACAUAUAAUGUCAAAGGAAAAAAACACAUUUUAUUAAUGGAUCAUAAUUUACCUCUGACAGAGAUUGAAUUCAGGAUAGCAGGAACUGAACAGCCUCAUUCUGGCCGUGUGGAGGUCAAAAUAAACGGUGCAUGGGGAACAGUCUGUGACAGAUUCUGGGACUCCAAAGAUGCAAUGGUCAUGUGUAGGCACCUGGGCUAUGUUAGUGGAGAUGUGUUUGACACACAGACUAUCCCCAUUAUUGCGUCAGGUAGGAAAGUUGAACUGGUAUUUAGAGAUGUAAGCUUGAGCUACAAUGAACAGACUAUGGUUGUCCAUACGGACAAAUGAUAAAGUUUUAACAAGAAUGUAAUUGAAACACUUCAUUCCUUGACCAAUAUUACAUACCUUUAUGUGGUUUUUGCAAAUUUAAUCUGUUUUAGGAUGUGGCUAAUGUGUUGAAACAUUAUGUAACAAAGGACUGAAAACAAGUAUGCAAAGAAAAAUAAUACCAAAGCUAGUGAUAUUAACAAUAUUCAAUUUAACUAUUCUAUUAAAUUCUUACAAAGAAAACAAAAUCAAAUAGACUAUAAAAAAACUAUAUUAACUUACAGCACAGCAAGAGAAAAAGUACAAUUCUCAAAAGAUAAAAUAAAAAAUUACAAUGAAUACACACAAAGAGUUCAAUUUUUAAAAAAUCCUAUUAAUAUUUCUUGUGUAGGAAAAUUAGCAAAAAUAUCCCUCUCUGCUGGGAAAGCUGCCGCCUUAUUUAUUGGGAGAAAUUUGGAACCCUCCAGAAAAAAAUGUAGAAAUUGCAUCACCUUAUAGUAUAGCAUUCUUUAAAAAAUAUGACAAUGUAUUGGAAUGUAAAAAAAACUUUUCCCAUAGGAUUGGUGCUACACAUUUAACCGGUCACGUCAAUGUCAAAACAAAAAAGGGGGGGACAGGAGGUAAGGUUGAAUGGCAUGGCUUGUGGGGAAUAAAAAUACAGGCCAUAACUAUAACAACAUUAUCAACUUGGAUACAACAACAAAAAAUUCAACUUGUUAAAAAAAGGUUAUAUAAGGUCUAUAUUUUAGAUGAAGAAAUGAUUUCUUUAACUGUUGUGAGAAAAAUUAUUCUCUUGUUUGCUCCAAUUAACACUUCUUGCUUUCCCAUUUCAGGCCUUGUUUGGGAAAUCAGUCCUAGGUGCACAGGCAAGGAAGAUAAUCUUAACAUGUGUCCUCAUGAAGGUUGGAAGUCUGAUGGUGUUGGCUCUUGCUCAGCUCACACUCGUGAUGCAGGCAUUUUUUGCUACACUUCUGGUGAGUUAAAAGGUUUAACAUUUUACACAGUUUUUUUGUGUUGUUUCUUUGCCUUGGUUACUAGUUAAAAAUGUAUAAUAAUUUAAAGAAACAAUGAAGCACAAAUAAUAUUGAUCCACAAUAAAUAAUGAAGUAAUAUAAUAACAAACAAAAUUUAAUGUGGGUUUUUUUUGGGGUGUUUUUUUUUGUUGUAAUAAAUUGUUUUUAUUAACAUGAUUCUGAAAAUUUUUUGUUUUAUCUAGUUUUGUUCAACGCAAUAAUUUAAAAUGUAUAAAAAUGUAUAUUUAUUUGUAUAUUCUUUCAGUCAAAUUAGGAACUGGUCCGGGUAAAUCAUAUAUGCAUGGUCCAGUAAACUUUUUUAGCAAUGGGGAAUGGUUCAAGGUGUGUGAUGAUGGCUUCACUGACAUGUCAGCUAGAAAAGUAUGCCAGGAGUUAGGUCAUUAUGACGGACAGGCUCUUUGUUGCUCUGCCUAUGAAGGUGAAACUAUCAGCCAUGAGUCACUGCAAUCAAACAUCAGUAUACAGUGCAGUGGACAUGAGAAAAGUCUUCAGGAUUGUGUGCAGACAACAGACUGCAAGAGUGAAUCAUAUGCUUCAGUUGUCUGCCUUGAUUUGGAUGAUGAAACAAAUGAGACAGGUAAUUCAUUGCUUGGCUGAUUUCUAAGCUAGAGAAAUACUUUAGAUGUCCUCAAAUUUUAAAAUGUUGUCUUUGUUAAAAUAUAUAUUUAAUUGUGUGCUGAAAAUGAAUAUUUACAAUGUAAUCAAAAAACAUUUCCAUUUAUUUGGAUCAAUAAAAAAUCUUAUCUUUAAUAUAUUUUUAGCUGCUCUUUAAAAAUUUUAAAUAUUGCUGUCCCUUUCACAGCUUAGUGUCUGAAGCAAAAUUCUGUUUUCUUUCUUUAGAUUUUAAAAAUAUUUCUGUCCCUUUCACAGCUUAGUGUCUGAAGCAAAAUUCUGUUUUCUUUCUUUAGAUUUUAAAAAUAUUUCUGUCCCUUUCACAGCUUAGUGUCUGAAGCAAAAUUCUGUUUUCUUUCUUUAGAUUUUAAAAAUAUUUCUGUCCCUUUCACAGCUUAGUGUCUGAAGCAAAAUUCUGUUUUCUUUCUUUAGAUUUUAAAAAUGUUUCUCUGUCCUUUCAAACCUCUUAUAUCCUGAUACAAAAAAGAGUGUUUUUUUUUUUUUUAAAUUUUUUUUUUUAUUACAGAAUACACAUUUAGUAUUACCGAAAGUUCUGAAGGAUCCGGGACAGUGACAGUAAAUCAUAUGGGCAUUCAGGGCAGAAUUUGUAGCAAUGGCUGGACAGAUGCUGCCGCCAAGGUCCUCUGUCAAAGUAACAAUUACAACGAUGGUUUUGCUUACUUCCAUUCAUAUGUUAACGUAAGUCUAAUUGAACCACUGAGUGGAAUACUAACUAUAGGUUUAAGGAGAUGUCUACUGAUCAUAAUUAGACCAUUUUGAACAGUGUGGGAGGUUUCUGGGAGAGACAUGUUUCCUCUUAGACCAAAACAAUGUGAAAAGAAAGGUUUUAGCAAGUAGAGCCCUGAACUAAAAUUACCUUUAAAAUUAGCUGAUGUUAGUUCUAAUGACUUCAAAUAUCUGAUAUAAUGAAAUUUUACUUUUGAUAACUUGAAAUAGCUGAUAUGACAUGUGAGUUCCAAUAACUUGAAAAAGCUGAAAUGACAUGUUAGUUCUAAUAACUUGAAAAAGCUGAAAUGACAUGUUAGUUCUAAUAACUUCAAAUAGAUGAUAUGACAUGUUAGUUCCAAUAACUUGAAAAAGCUGAAAUGACAUGUUAGUUCUAAUAACUUCAAAUAGAUGAUAUGACAUGUUAGUUCUAAUAACUUGAAACAGCUGAAAUGACGUGUUAGUUCUAAUAACUUCAAAUAGAUGAUAUGACAUGUUAGUUCCAAUAACUUGAAAAAGCUGAAAUGACGUGUUAGUUCUAAUAACUUCAAAUACAUGAUAUGACAUGUUAGUUCUAAUAAUUUGAAAAAGCAAAAUGACGUGUUAGUUCUAAUAACUUCAAAUACAUGAUAUGACAUGUUAGUUCUAAUAAUUUGAAAAAGCAGAAAAUGUAAGUAUGCAAUGGUUGGUUUGUUUGCUCACCCAAACUAACCCUUGACUAGUGCUCUUACAAACUAACCCUUGACUGGUGCUCUUACAAACUAACCCUUGACUAGUGCUCUUACAAACUAACCCUUGACUAGUGCUCUUACAAACUAACCCUUGACUGGUGCUCUUACAAACUAACCCUUGACUAGUGCUCUUACAAACUAACCCUUGACUGGUGCUCUUACAAACUAACCCUUGACUGGAGCUCUUACAAACACCCAUCUGGUACCCCAGGAGUCCAUAAUUUUAUCUCUGGCCUGAGAAGCAUUCAUUUAUUUCUAGACUCUUCACAUUUACCACUGUUCCUUGCAUUUACAUGUUUUCAUCAUUUAGAUGCUUGAACCACUCUUUGGACGAUUUCUAGGUUCCUUAAUGCUGAUAACUUUAUCUUAGAUAAAUAGAGAAGUUACUCAUAAGAAUUCUUUAUUACUUUCAGACCUAUGUUACAGCCGCCCAGCUGGGGCCAUAUUGGAUGAGCAAUGUGACUUGCAAUGGGAAUGAGUCUAGCCUGAGUCAGUGCAAAUUCAAUGAUCGGCUUAAACUGGGCAACUGCUCAUCUGCUCACUCAGCCUCUGUAGUGUGCUUCAGAAAUUCUGGUACAUUUUCUUUCAUGCUCAUUGCUUCCUUUUGCCUUAUUCUCAAAUUAAAGAAAUGCUCGUUUAUAAACAAAAUAAAUCUGGAACAAGAAAAAUGGUUUUAUAGUUCAAUAUUUAUGACAGUUAUAUAAUAAUAUGUUUAAAAUUUAUCUAUGACUCGCUGUAAUUCUUUAUGAUUUUCUAUGUAGGUGUGAAAUACAGACUUUCUGGUGGUAGCCAGACAAAUGCGGGCCGUAUAGAGAUGGCUGUUGAUAACAACUGGGGAACAAUAUGUGGGCGCUCUUGGGACAACAAAGAUGCCAAGGUCGCUUGCAGACAACUUCAGUUUACUGAUGGCGAGGCUGAGGCUGAAGGGAAAUACGGAUCAGGGACGGGUCCGAUAUGGAUUAGAGAUAUCCAGUGUGACGGCAAAGAGUCUGCCCUACAUCAGUGUCCACACACAGGCUUCCAGGAGGAAAUCCCAGAGCAAAGCAUCUUUGCCUGGUUGUCUCCCCCAUGUUCUGAUCAUGCAGAUGAUGCAACAGUCUUCUGCUUUAAGGAUGGUAAGAACAUGCAAGGCUACUAUUUAGGCAAUUUUUUUAGCACAGAUUACUUGAUUCUGUUAUUGAAUUUUAUUUUGGAAAUGAUGCUUACGUCAGAUAUUAACUUUGAUCACUCCACUAAUGGAUUGUUACAUCCCCCAGGGUUCUUGUUCUUGAUAAAGUUAAUUGUACACUAACUUAAUAAACCCAUGUUUCAUUUUUAGCUUUCUUGUCUUUGAUUUAUGCUGACAAUUGUGGUUGUUUUCCUUAGUGAAGUUAAAUCAAAAGCUUGGUUUUCCAAGUGGGGCCUUGCUUUUCAAUGAAAACAACAAGUGGACCUACAUCUGUGACUCUGAUCACUUUGGUCGACAAGAAGCAGCCGUAGCGUGUCGAAGUUUGUACCAGAAUUUUUUUGAUGGGGUACCUGUACAUGGAGGUCUGUUUGGGGACAUGGACAAGACCUUGUCUAUUGCAGUGGACACAGUUACAUGUUCUGGUAGGUUUUUUUUAAUUCAAUAACAACAAACUGCAAGUUCUCUACAUCAACAAAAUAUAACCUCCAUAGACUUUUCAACUUUUAUUUCUUAUCUCUUCAGGUAAUGAAGCGAUCUUUUGUUUUUUUUAAUACAUUUCAGUGGUAGAGGUACAUACCGAAAAUUGCAACCAGAGUUAUGGGCUUUAACUGUAGUGAUGGGCUUUAACUGUAGUGAUGGGUUCUACCAUAGAUAUAGUCUAGAGAAAGGAGACAGAUGAGAACAUUUACUGGAACUUUAUCCAAAAAACCCUGCUAUAGUCUCAAUAUAUUUCUCCUUUUUGAAAUUCAUCUAAAUUACUACUGUACUGUAUUUUCUUGUAAUAUUUCUUAAAGUAUGAUUUUAUAAGAUAAGAUAAGAUUCUUUUAUUGAUCCUAACAAAUGGAAAUGUUUUUUGAUUACAUUGUACAUUUUCAGCACAUAAAUAAAACAAUUUGAACACACGAAAUCUACAUUAAAUUAUUUCACUUGUGAAAAAACACUCCAGUUUCGAGUUCACAGAAACUAUUCGACACCAAGUCACACAAGUUUCUGGUUAACUGGAAGUUUUGACAGAAACUAAAGAAAGUAUAGUCAAAUCAAUAUUGGAUCACUCCAGCUCGUUUUGAAUUCUGUUACUUUCACUUAGACAAACAUAAAUUGUCAUCAAAUGAAUUGACAGGGAUGAAUUUAUUUUUUUAUAGGUUCCUACAAGAAAUAUUUAAGUUUUACUUCUUAAAAUUGUAUUUCAUUUGCAAUAGGGAUCUAAUUGUAUUUCAGGCAAUGAAACUUCCCUCUCAAAAUGUCUGAUAUCAAGUAACAGUCAAUGUUCAUCAAAUACAUAUGUGUCAGUUGCUUGCUUUAAUAAAACAUUGACACAAGAAGACUUGAGUGAGUAGAAAGAAGAUCAUUUUUAUUCAAAUUAACUUUGGUUUGUUUUUUAGAAAAAAUGAAUGGAUGAAUUAGAAUGAUCUGUCCCCACCUGAGGGUAAUAGCAGUAAGAAGAAAUGUUCUUUAAGAAAAGUAGCUUAUCAUUAAACGGAAGGUUUAUGUGCUUGUGAAAACACUCUAUUUGGAAUAUUACCUUUUUCUAAUAACCAUGGGUUAAAACCCCAAUAGUUAAAUAGUGGGAGUUUCUUAUGUGAGAUAUAAAAAAUCAUGAAAGUAAUGCAUAACAUUUUUCCCUGUGGGAAUUAGGCAGUCUUUGUGACAUUAACAAUGCUUAAUUUAUGGCACAGUACUGUGCAUGAUGCCAAAUUGUGUAUCUUUCAGUAAUUACUUUAAGUUUUUAAAAGCCAAUAAAAAAAAACUGGCUCCAAUCAUUGACAAAAAGUUGAUUGCUCAUUCCACUAACAUAGAUAUGUAGAAAGAAAAUUGACCUGAAGCCAGUUAUGAUAUCCAAAAUGUUUCUAUCAAUCAACUUACACUUAUUUCAAAGUUAAUUAAUAGAAACACGGAUGUCCUAACUGGCUUCAGGUUGAUUUUGUUUCUAGAUAUCUAGAAAGUUUUAAAAAAUGUUUUCUUUUAUCUUAACUUCAGGCAUUAAGUAGGCUAUAUUAGACACACUUUUUUAUUUUAAACAAAAUUAUUCUGUCUUCUCUUCAGGAUUUCAAGUGCAGCUAUCAAAUGAUACCAUCAGAACCGAUGAAAAUCAUGGUAUUAUUGAAAUACGUGAAAAUGGAGCUUGGGGUAGAAUAUGUAUGCAUAACUUCACUGACAAGGAAGCUUCGGUCGCAUGCAGGCAUAUUGGACACUUUACAGGUAAUUGUUUCUUUUAUUCAUUUAACAAAUAGUUUUGCCCUGAUUUUCAUACCCAGUACAUUGCUAGACCUUCAAGCCCAGUACAUUGCUUGGCCUUCAUACCCAGUACAUUGCUAGGCCUGCAAUACUGUGAAGAAAGCCUUGUUUCAACUGACAGCGUAAUAGAUAAUGAGCAUUGAAAAAUUAUUCCCUUGGUUAUUUUAGUUUUAAAAUUUCAAGCUCCUCUGUUUAUGCUAAAUGCUUUUUAAAAAUUUAUUUCAAAUACAAUUUUGCUUUAAAGUUUCUACAUUUUUAUCUGGGUAUAUUUAACAAGAAAAAGAGUUUAAAAAGCUGUCGGCUCCUUGGGAUCACACAUUUCUUUGACAUAUAAACAAGUUAAUGGGAUUUUUUAAAAUUUUGCAUUUAAACAUGUAAAAAAAAAAAAAUCGAAAUACUUUAUAAUAUUGCCCAUAAUAUUAUUUUUCUUCUCAACAGGUGGUGUUAUUUAUCUUCAUUUGUUCCGGAAUCGACUACCAAUUCUAUGGAAUCAAGUAACUUGCACAGGAAAUGAAAAUUCGUUAGAAAAUUGCCAACACUCUAGAAAUGCUCACCAAAAUUGCAGCUAUGAAUCUAAUGAUGCUGGUGUGAUCUGCUUUAAGGGUGAAGGUAAACUAAUAUGUAGAUAAGAAUAAUUAUAUAUAUACCAAAUAAUAUUUGCCAAAUUUGUAGCUUAACCAAUUGAGCUGUUAGAAGGUCUAGAGAUGGAAAGGCUGAAACUGAGUUAUUAGGUACUGAACUAUUUCUUGAGAUGUUAAACAAAUGCCAAGAAUUUUCUGAUAGUUAAUCACUCACACGUUGGCUUUUUUUCUCCCAAUUACAUUUAAUUAAAGUAAACCAUGAAAUUCUACAGGAGUGCGAUACAGACUUCAAGGUGGCAACACCACAAAUGUUGGCAGAGUUGAGAUUGGCAUUGAUGGGAAGUAUGGCUCCGUAUGUGCGAUCAACUGGAAUGCCGCAAAUUCAAAAGUGUUUUGUAAAACAUUAGGCUACAUGGAUGGCGCACCAUAUGAAUACAUUAACUCUUCAUUGCCGUACAUAGCACCCUAUAUGAGCUUUUUCCUAUGCGACGGUACUGAAAAAAAUUUGUUCUCCUGCUUGAACUCAGGCUUUGAUGGCGGGGAUCAUGUGUUUGUGUGUGGAGGGGAUGCCUACACAACAUGUUUCAAUGAGGAAGUCAGUAAGUAACUUUGGUUAAUCACUUGGAAAUUCAUAUAUUAAGCAACUUAAAAUGAUUAAAUUAUGGAGAAAUGUUUACUCUAAUUUACUGAGCCUGAUAGAAUAACUUAAACUUUUAAUUUCAGUAGUUGUCACACAGUUUCAUACUCAUCUAUGUAAUGGAAUUAAAUCUAGAAAACUAUGAUAUAAAAUAAAAUAAUAAAAAAACUAAAUAAUGUGAUAGAUAUUAUAUGAUACAGGUACACAAUUUUUUUUUUCGUACAAAAUAUCUGUCAUUUACUACAUCAACAUGGCUAUCUUACAGUCGCUUUACACCAAUAAAACAUUAUUCAAGGUCUAUAAUAAAUAUAAGGUUGGAUUGGGAUCAAUCUGAAAAAUGCUUUAUGAAAAACUGUUUGCUGUAUGGUUCUGUUUCAAAACAUAAUGUUUUUUAAAAUAAUUAAAUUUAGAAGGUCCGGAAUGCUUUAAUGACAUGCUUGAAUUUAAAAUUAGAAAACAGAUACUGAUAAAUAUAAUAAAAAAUAUAUUUAAAUAUAAAUUAAAAAGUGAUUACUUAUAAGACUUUUCUACUUAUUUGUGGAGCUUCAAAUUUUGACUCUACAAGCAAGAUUCCAUGACUAAAAAGUCAAACAAAAGGUGUUUUUUUUUAUACUUUUCAUUAUAGAGAUUACAAAUAUUCGUCUCGGUGAUGGAAAAGCAAGUGAAGGAAGAGUGGAGGUAUUUGCAACUGGCUUAAAUGUUUGGGGAACAGUGUGUGAUGAUGAGUGGGACAACGCAGACGCCAGAGUUGUUUGCAGAUUCCUGGGUUUUCAAGAUGGUAAGGGGUUUAUUAAAUUUUCAAACAAUGGGUUGAAGUCAGAAAACUACCAAAAUUUAGGUUGCACCAUGACACUAACAGAAAAGUUUGCAAUUUUUAAUAAGCAUCAAUUAUCAAUUUCCCAUUUAAAAUUAAGCAAAACAAAAAUAUACAUUAGAAUGAAGUCCUUUGCAAAAUGGACCAAAGUGUGGCGUUAAUGAAAUAAAAAAGGUUCAUAGUGUUCCAAGCUACCUAACCACUGAAGCAACUGAGUUGGAUCAAAGUCAUUGCACAGUUUAGAAAUACCUCUGGGCUAUAUAUGUUCCAUGGUGCUGUAACUAACUCAUGUUUGUAGCUUUAUUUUUUUUGAAUCUCGAAAUCAUUUUUUGUCUUUAAUAAUAAUAUUAUAUAUUUAUAUUUCUAGUGAGUUCUAGAAAUUGAUGCAGUGUUGACCCAUUUUUUGUUAUAGUUUAUCUACAACAUUAAUAUUCCUUGAAACGUACACAAGUUUACUUCCUGAGAGCAAAACUUAAAAUACAAUUUGGUUUUAUAGGUCUUGCUUUAAUUUUGCCAAAUGGCUACAAACCUGGAGAAGGGCAGAUACUAUUAGAUGAUGUUACAUGUACUGGUGGAGAAAACUCAUUGGAUGAAUGUAGGCACAAAGGAAUUUCAACCCAUAACUGUCAACACUCAGAAGAUGCUGGGGUCAGAUGUAUCAGUAAGUAAAAUAUUUGUAGUUAUUGUAGAUAUUAUUCAGUCUAAAACAGGGUUUCCCAAACUGGAGUGGGAGGUAGCAUUUCAUGGGGUGUGAAGAAGAAUUGAAUUUAAAGUAGUAAUUUAGAUUUAUUUUGACUACUCGCCAGACUUUGUUUAACAAUUCAUAAGAAUACAGAAUAUAGAAAAGGUUGAGAAAUCCUGGUCUGAAAUAAUUGUAUGAAAAAUGUGGGCAUUAAAAAUAUAUAAUUAGCUACAAUCCAAUUCUAAUUUAAAGUUAAUAAAUAAUUAUAAUUUUCUUCUUUUGUAUGACUUGGAGAAAAAAAUUUGAAGGCUUAUAUUUUCUUUUUAAAAACCAUUUUACUAUGAAUUGCCUGGUUCUCAUUUCUUUUUAAAUUAAAAACAGAUUACCCAACUACAUCCAAACCGAACACCACGUCUGUACCUGUCACUCAAAGUACAACAAUUAGUACCACAACAACAAAACCAGAAAUUGUAACCAAACUGUCAACCUCUACCACCAAGCUAACCUCUCAGCCUGGCUCUACAGUGGCAUCAUCAACAGUUUCAUAUAUUGGCACCACUGUGUCAGAUGAGGCCCCAACCCAUGAACUGGCAGAUGAUACUGACAGAAAAAACACUGUGAUCGUGGCUGCCUGUGUGACUAUAAUUAUUGCCAUCGCCCUGAUAGUGGUCAUCGUUAUUGUUGUGCUCAGGUACAGAGGCCAUUUUAAGGCUGGCAUACCACAUGAGAGAUUUCAUAAUGAGAUUGAGCACACCCACGAUGGAUCGAUUGCGGUGUCCAAUAGAAUGUUUGACAUAUCGAAUCCUGAAAGUUUUGACCCCGUGGCAGAAGAUUCAGAGGUCCAUCUUGACAGAGCUGGCUAUGCUACUUUUUCUAAAGGAUUCCAGCCAAAUGGUUCUGAUCCAACUGCUGACCAAGAAGGAUUCACAAAUCCCUUAUAUUCCACAAUGACAAACACAUUAGACUUGGACACUACUACUAAUCAGUCAACAACAUGAAGAACCAAGUUUGGCUUGGCUGUUGUUCAGGAGAAAAUCAGUUCUUCUAAAUGUUAUUAAUGAAUGGAAGAAAAAAAGACUUUCUAAUAUAUAUUGUUACAUUCCUGACACUGUUUUUUGACGAUGUGAAGAGAAUUCCAAGGAUCAUGGUUCUAAAAGGUCUCCUGUUUUUUUAAAAUCACAACGCCAAUUAUUAUUAUUAUUAUUUUUACAACUUGACAUCUCAUGCUUCUGACCCACAUUGAUAUUAGUUUGUCAUUGUAGUGCCUUUAACAAAUAAGUAUUGUAUAGAUUUGUUUGAGCUGCUCUGAAAUUUUUGUAAAGAAAACUUUUUUUAUCAGUAUGCUCUUCCACUACUUGCUGAAUGUGUGUAAUCUGUUCCAUAUGGUGGGUUCUAAAUCCAAAUUUUAAAAUGCAUUUAUUUACAUUCCAAUAAAAUAAUUUUAAAAACUUUUCAACAAUUUAAAAUGCACAUCUUCAUUAUGAAUUUCUACAAUUUGCCAAUUAGUCUUCUUUUGUAAAUAUAAACAAUAUAUUAUUUCAAUCUUCUGUGAUGAUUAAAUAAGUAUAAUUUAUUUUUUUAAAUGUCAAAAACCUAAAUACAUUAAAAUAUAUUCCAAUUUUUUCUCAUGAUAAAAAAAUAUAUUUGUAAUGAAUACCUCUAUAGUUUAUUGAUAAACAAAAUCUCUUUACAAAUGCUAUAUUUAAAAUAUGCAUUUAGGAAUUUCAAUAUUCUUGUAGUUUGGCAAUCUAUUUAAUUCAUGCUGAAUGAAAAAACACCUUCAACCUGCAUUUAAGAAAAUCAAAAUAGUGCACUUUAAAUUGUCAAGCCCAUUGUAGAGAGACCCGCCAUGGAUGUUUGAAAAACAUUAAGUAGUUUGUAUACCUCUUAUAAACUUAUAAUGAAAUAUUUCUAACCAAGAAAUAUAUAAACAUCAAUUUUAAGUUAAAAAAGGAGCAAUAGAGUAAGUAGCUUGCAGUAAUUAUUUUAGGAAACAUUUUAUAAACUGGAAAAAAAAAGGGAGCCAAUUCCAACUAUUAAAAUCUGUAUAUCUUUUUGUUUGGUGCUGCCUAUUUGAAUUAUUACUUAAAUAGUAGGGGAGGGGGGGGGGGUUGUGUGAAUUUAUCUACUGCAUCAAAGAGUCAGCCUAUUAAAUUGAGAAUAUUCACCAGGAAAUAAAAAGAAAUACAUAGUGAUAAUCCACAAACUUUGUAAUCCAUACACAGAUAAUCGAGUUUAUAUUAACUGAGUUAUACUUUGAUGUAAGUUGUGUUUCUUAUUUCAAAAUAUAUAAUACAUAAUUUUUUUAAGUAAUAUUAUUCUGGAUGAUUUUUAACUGUCCAUUUUUGAUGAUGAACUGAAUGUCAAAACAUAAGUAUGCUUUUUACAUGUUAUUAGUUAUGUAAAUGUUCUUAAACAUUAUUCAUAGAAAUCCAUUGUUUUAAGUUUUUAAACUCUUUUAGUUGUUCAUUUUGUUGUAAUACUAAAAAUAAAAAUAACUUAUGCAAUGCCCUACUUAAUAUUGGUGACCUUAAUCUAGCUUGUGAUUUCAAAUUAUGUCUAGAUAUUUUAAAACUCAAAUAUUUCCACUUUAAGUUUAAGUAAUUUCCGGCUUAAAUAUGUCUAUGUUUAAUCUACAUUGAUAAAAAAUUCCAUUUAAAAAAAGGGAUUGACACUCUAAAAACAAAAAAGCUUAUAUUUAUUGUAAUAUUUUAUUUUUCUAUCUAACCGCAAUUUUAAACAUUCUACAUUUUUAAUUACAAUGAACAAAAAAACCAUUAAGAGCUGAAAACUAGUUUUCAAGGCUUCAAGAAAUCUUAUUCAGGGCAACCAACAAUAAAUUUAAAUAAAUUAAUCCCUCUAUGAUAAAUGACAUUGCUAUUAUUUUUAUAAAUUUUAUUUAUAUGAAAAUGUAAACAUUUUUUUAAAAUCAUUGACAGACAAAAUAUUUUAUGUUUUGUUAUUCAAGACUUUUAUCUUGCAAGGGGAGCAUUGGGUCUAAAGACUGCUAAAAGUUGCAUCUAAAACAGUGAAGAUAUAUACAAUGUUAUUCAUCAGUUUACUUUUAUCAGCUGAAGUAGAGUCUCAAGUUGUAAGCUAUAUCUCUAGUGCUGUUGUUUUUACAUUUAAAAAAAACAACUAAACACUUAUACAAAAUGUUUGCCAUGAAUCAGAAAUUGUCUUUCAGCUAAGAUUAUAUGAACAGUCUUGAUCUGUGCAUGGCAAACAAGGGUAAUUUUUCUAUUAUCUUUUUUUGUUAACCUGAUCCUAAGGACCUUAUGGACCUUUACAAAAAAGUUCAUGAAAUAUAAAGCGAAAAGAUUUCUCUUCAGUAAUUUCAGUUAUUUAAUAUUUAUUUAAAAUGAGAAUUUAGUUUUUUUCGCUUGUGAGGGUUAUUCUAUAGUCUAUUAUGUCAUGCCAUUACAGACCCCAAAAUUUAUUGACUUCUAACUUCUAGUCAACAGAAUCGUCUGUUAUAGUAUUUAAAAUAUAUUUAAUUUCCUUACACUCUUUCCAAAUAUAGUUUCAAUUUUGUCAACAGUCAGAAAAUAGAACUAAGAAAUUAAGCUCCUGGCCAUGCAAUAUUAAAACAUAUCACAUGCUGUGUCAUUAAUUACACAUCUCUAAUAAAGACAUUAGCUUGUGUUUGUCAAGGGUGCUGAACUAAAUUAUGUUGAUCUUAAUGCCUGCUUGCUUCACCAUAUUUAGCGGUUUUGAUAGUCCAGGGAAAUGUAUCUGCCUUAGAAAUCCAGGGUAACUUUCCAAAAUCUACCUUGAAACAUUGCUAUAUUAAGUAAAUUUGUACUAUUUAUAUUUAUUUUUUAAAAUGUGGAUGUCAUUUAAAUUCAAAAAGAAAAAAAAGGAAAAGAAAUGGACAACAAAUUCAAUAAAAUUAUAUGUUUGUCAAAGUAUUAUUUAAUCUGUUUUACAUUUGUUACUAUUUUUUUAAAUAUAAUUUUAAUCUUGUUCUUUUGAACUUUAGUAUCAUUUAUAGAUUGUUAACCAGAGAUAAUGUGUAUUACAGAAAUGUAUUUUAAUAGUAAAAUAUUGAGCAAGUUCCCUGAAGCAUAAUGUCUUAAUGGUAUUUAAUUAAAUAUUAAGAAAAAUGCUAGGGUACAUGUAAUAUGUAGAUCUUUUAUUUUGUGUUUUUAUCUAUGGAAGUCAACUCAUAAAUAUUGAGUUCAAGAUCCAUGCUAUUUAUAUAUUAACUAAAAUUAUCUAUAUUGACAACAUAUCAAUAUUUUAAAUUUAUUAUUUCUAACUGCCCAUGU